AUGAAACUUGCAGUCACAGUAUUAGCAUCAAUCCUGCUUGCUUGCUCAGUUACUACGGUCAGCUCAGUUAAUCCCAGUGCAGCUACAAGUGCUGAAACUAGUUCUUUAACGGCUCAACCUAGCGCAACUACAAAUUCUGUAUUUGAGGAUUGGACAGUUUUUAAUGCAGAAAUUACAAACUCGGUUGAUCUUAGUCGACUUUCAGAGGAUGAUGCGAGGUUGAUCAAAAAGCACCUAAAACUGAAUGAAAAAUGUAAAAAAACGAAGAAAGCGCGUGGCUUGGCAGAAUCUGCAAAACUUGAUCAAGAAAGAUUGGUAAGCCGGCUAGAUGAAAAAUAUCAGCGGCUGCUAAAUAAAUUUCAAGGCGAAAAUGGCUCAAAAUACGGUGAAAGACUUUUGAAAGCCAAACUGGAGCUUGAAAAAGAACAAGAAAUUCUCGUCGAGAUUGAAAAAAAGUGUCAGAGUCUUGGUUCCGAUAUUUUUGGCUUUAACUUGGAAUUGAAUAUAACCAGAGGAAAGCUUGCAAGGCGUCUGUUUGGGGAUAAUCUGGAUAUAGAAUCACUUUAUCUUUACAUGGAAUUUUUGAAAUCAGAUCUCAGUUUUGUUGAAAGCAUCUACAACUCUCUCAUUCUCGUACUAAGCCAACAGCCAGGAUCAGAGCAAGCAUCUACUAGCGAGACCCAAAGUUCAUCACAAUAUCAUGAAACGCCUACAGCUUAA